CGGAAACAUGUGGUGACGUUGUUCGUCGUUGGCGCCAUCCAUCCCAAAAAUCCAGUCAGAUCCGUCCCUCAACCGACAACGCACCGCCAGCCUUUGGGCAUGCAUGGCCUCGAUAUAAGGCGUCAUCUGAUUGAUACAGCUACCUAGUUCAUCCUGACCGUCCAAAUAUAUAUUGAGCUUCAAGCCAAGCACUUUCUGUUUCUCCUCCUGCCCAAUCCUGGUUGUAUUCCUUACCUGCUCUUGCCCCGCCUGCCACUCGGCAAACUCCCUGUCGAACUAGCAGCCUCUCCCUGUUUGCUGCUUUCCUCUGGAUCUAGGAGCCAUCAUCACUUGGCACCACCUCUGGCCUUCGGCCACUCGCCCAGAAUGGCGUCCCUGUUGUCUGAAAAAGGAGAUCGAUCGGGGUUCAAGUCCAAGAACUUUGACGUUGACUAUGUCGUUGACUACCAGAUCCCCUCUAACAAAUCCGAGCGAAUCGAGGCCGAAGCGGCGUUUGUGCAGCUCGUGCAGGCUCUCGUCAAUGUCGGUUUUGCCACCGAGGUCCGCUAUGGCGGCAAACACUCUCUCCUGGUGUUUGUUAAGAUCGUAUCGGACCAGUUGCUCCAUGCGCAGGUGUACCGCUACCGCCUACAGGACUGGCUGUACGGGGUCCGCCCAUCGGCCCCCAACAAGCAGGAUCUGAGCAACCAGUUUGAGGACGAGCCCGUUACCGAGGCCGAGCGCCUCCGGCUGUGCUACCUGCUCAUCACAAAGUCCAAGAACGACAGCGGCGCCGGCAUCACGCCCAAGAUGGGCCAAUGGAAGCACGUCGCCUCCAUAUUCCCGCUGCACGACCACGCCUUCAACCGCCAGUGGAUCAAGCGCUGGAGCACAAAGUACGUCCUGGACGACUCCGAUCUAAACGAGAUCCGCAACAAGUUUGGCGAAAGCGUUGCAUUCUACUUUGCCUUCCUGCAGUCCUACUUCAAGUUCCUCGUCUUCCCCGCCGCCUUUGGAUUCAGCGCCUGGCUCAUCCUCGGCAACUUCUCGUGGUUCUACGCCCUCGUCAACUGCCUCUGGUCCGUCGUCUUCUUCGAGUACUGGCGCAAGAAGGAGGUCGACCUGGCCGUCCAGUGGGGCGUCCGUGGCGUCUCCAAGAUCCAGCGACCCCGGGCCCAGUUCCAGCAUGAGCGAGAGGCGCAGGACCCCGUCACGGGAGAGAUCAUCAAGGUCUUUCCGCCCCUCAAGCGGCUCGCGCGCCAGCUGCUGCAGCUUCCCUUCGCUAUGGCCUGCAUGGCCAUCCUAGGGAGCAUGAUAUUCUCGUGCUUUGCUAUCGAGAUCUUCAUCAACGAGGUCUACAACGGUCCCUUCAAACAAUACCUGACGUUCCUCCCGACUGUCAUUUUGACCCUCUUCAUGCCCGCACUCACCACACUCCUGACAAAUCUGGCGGAGCGCCUAACGAACCUAGAGAAUUACGAGACCCAAGAUGGACAUCAAGCAUCGUUCGUUCAGAAGAUUUUCGUCAUCAACUUUAUCACCUCUUACUUCCCCCUGUUCCUCACAGCCUUUGUGUACGUGCCGUUCGGAACAGUGCUAGCUCCUCACCUCGACAUAUUCCAAGCGACGGCGAGCAACCUCACCAAGAACGACAUCAAGACCAAAGACUUUGAGAUCAACCCCAACCGUUUCACCCAGCAGAUGUUCUACUUCACCGUCACGGCACAGAUUGUCAACCUUCUCCUCGAGGUUAUUGUCCCGUUUGCCAAGCGCAAGGUCUUCAAAGCGGUUGAGAAGGUACAGGACGGCAUAGCCCACAAGAAUGGGGGCGCGGUGCACCACAAGGACGCGCCCGGGGAGGCCACUUUUCUGCAGAGGGUCCGAAGCGAGGCGAGGCUUGAUGCCUAUGACGUGACAACGGACUACCGGGAGAUGGUGAUCCAGUUUGGCUACUUGUCACUGUUUUCGGUCGGGUUCCCUCUGACGGCCUGCUCUUUUCUUGUCAACAACUGGGUCGAGGCGAGAUCGGACGCCAUGAAGAUCGCUAUCGGCAGCCAGAGGCCUAUUCCGUGGCGCGACGACUCAAUUGGCCCCUGGCUCACCUCGCUGGGGUUCCUGUCGUGGCUUGGGAGCCUCACCAGCGCCGCGGUUGUCUUCCUCUUUAGCGACGGGGAUAGACUGAACGGUGGACUGGAUGGCGGCCCCUGGGACAUCAAAGCCUGGGCGCUCCUGCUGAGCAUCCUGGUGGCCGAGCAUGUGUACCUUGUGGUGCAGCAGGUAGUGCGAUACACAUUGCAGAAGAUGGACAGCCCCGGCCUACAGAUGGAGCGAGCGGCACGUUUCGCUACGAGGAAGCGCCUGCUGGCCGAGACUCUCGGACACGACGAGUCGGACAAGGCGGCCACGGCAGCUCUGAGCGGCAGCGAGAAGAUCACGAGGGAGACCCUCGAGGAGGAGGCUCGCCUCGCCGCCACCAAGGGUCACGGUUCUCCCGAGGAAGGAUUUUGGCUCCGCCAGCGAGGAGCGUCUGAGACCAUAGAGGUCGGACGACAGCUGAUGUCAGAGAUCGAUUCUGCGAACAAUGCUAGCAAGCAUUGACGAGAAACAAAUCAGGGAGGCUAGAGUCGACACUGGAGUAUGAAGACAUCGUAUCUUGCUCAGCGCGUCCAAUUACCUAUGUCUCCCUGUGUCAUUUUGGUGGUGGGAGUUGGGGGUGGAGGAGGCAAUGGGCGCUAGAUUGGGCAUAGACCUAUUUGUGACUUUGCUAGAAUCGAUACCUAUGUACCCUGCCUCGUACGCCGUAACCGGCCCCCUCCCAGCGGCAGUGAUUAUCUAGCAUAUCUUCGUCUGUUAAUACAAGUAGUUUAAAAAGGCCAAAGUGUGCCCUUCUUCG